AUGCUUCGCGCUGAUGGUGUUCCGAGAAAGUUACUCGAGGACAUGAAUAAAAGAAGUAUUGCUGCUGUUCGAACACUAGCUGAACGUACUUCAUCGUUCGAAAUGGAAGCUGGAGUACGACAAGGGACAAGUUCUGUUAUUUGUAUGAAAAAUGAUGGCAGGUGUCAGAGUGAUAUUAAGCAAAGAUGCGCUAAGGUCCUUAGCGAAGUCCCUGUAGGUGACCUCUAUCGCCGACAAAGUGAAGCUGCGUGUCUACCUAUCCUCAUUUUGCCCUAUCAUGACGUACGGGUCGGAGACUUGAGCAGUGCCGGAAGCUGUUUGGAAAGAUGCUUGGCUACUUUUGGCCAAUGGUGUAUCACAACGAAGAACCUCACUUGGAAGUGGAGAUGGUGCGCAGGUGGAUUACGCGAGCACAACAUCAACAUCUUUGCCGCAUCCUCUAAAGUAAUCGCGGGAAACCGUCUUCGCUUAAUUGGCCACACCAUAAGAAGACCAUCGGAUCCUGGAUCUUGUCAACGUAGCGUUGAGGAUGCUCCCGGACCCAAACUGGAGGGGUCCACCCGGACGUAA